CUACACAUAAAAGGAAAUGGAGGCGUGAUUAUGCGCUUUUAUCUUCGUAUACCUUUGAGUUGCUAUAUAAAUAAAGCUAAAUAAAAAGUAGGAUCUAUGUCGCUAAAUAACUUAUUUGAAAUAAGUUUCGUAACAGAUUCGUCAUUUACAAUUUCCAGUUCUGUUUAUGUCUAUUUGCAUUCAUAAUUUUGUUUUCCACUUUUUACUGCAUUUCAGCAUCUACAGUCGAUUCCCUUUAAGAUUUACCCAUAACACAUUAGAGCACCUCCCCGUGGAGAAAAAGUAUUAAUUUUGUACGGACAAAGGCCGUUAACCGUCGUCGCCAGCAGUUUUCGCUACUUCUCUUUGACUUUCGACAACAUUAUCGCAAGUUGCCCGGAAAUAAGCUCCUGAAAACAGACAUUAUGGUGCCCGCCAAAGAAUGGGAGAGCACCUUUUAUGGCUACGUGAGACUGGCUUGUGGCGUCCUGGUCCAUGUCGCGUGUACAGUGUUUACAGUGUGCAUUGCGGUUUUGGCCAGACCCGGUGCCAGUGUGUUUUCAUGGCAUCCAUUUUUGAUGUCACUGGCUUUCUCAUUCUUCAUGACGGAGGCUGUGCUUCUCUUCUCCCCUGACUGCUCACUGGUUGGGAAGCUACCGCACAAAACGAAAGGCUGCUACCACUGGAUCCUGCAAACACUUGCAGCCAUCUGUGCAGUUCUGGGGUUAUCUGCCAUUUUCUAUAACAAGCAGUUGAAUAGCAAGUCACAUUUUUCCACCUGGCAUGGCCUGCUUGGCUUGGUUGCAGUGUGUUAUGCAGUGAUUCAGUCAGUGGGUGGUAUCUCUUUGAUGUACCAUAAGCUGAUAAAGGGACUGCCUUUAGCUAAGCUGAAGCGCUACCAUGCCGCUUCGGGUCUGGUGCUUUACCUGCUAGGGAGUAGCAGCCUUCUGCUGGGCAUGUGCUCCCUUUGGUUCACUGCGUCAGUGCGCAGCUCAGUUUGGUACUUUUUGGCCUUUUGUCCCAUCCUUAGCAGUCUGGUCAUCAUGAGCCAGGUGACUAACUCCUACAUAGGUAAGAAACAAUUCCAGCCUUAAAGUAUCCAGCAGUUUCAUAUUUUAAGUAUUAUUACUGUAAUUUAUAUCAAUAAUGAUUCCAGUAACCCUUUCGGAGUGAUGUUGUUUUCCAUUUAAAACAAUUGGCUUAAUCAAUUCAAAGUGACAUAAAAGAAAUACCAUUCAUGGCAAAUAAUAAUGUUCUCCUACAGAAUGACACAAAAUGAUACUUGUUUUUAUAUUUCUAUCACAUGCUGUAUGUAUAACACAGAGUGAUGUCUGUAUAAUGUCUGUGUUAUGGAUAUACUUAUUUAACAAAUCUUGAAGAUUUUAUUUUUGCAUUUCUAAAUUUAACUGUAGUUGUAAGAGUGAAAAAGCAAGAAUGUUUGAUAGAGAAAUUCUAUUCUCACAUUCUGAAAAAUCAAAUUAUUAUUAAAUAUCUGAAAUAUGAAGAAUGACUUCAUAUGAAAAAGGGGACUUAAUAUUGGCUUACAGUUUAUGAAUUGUAUUUUAAUUUCCAUGGAUUGACUUGUUUUGAAUAUUUUUAUAUGUAAUAUGAACAAGAUUGUAUGAAUAAAACAUUUGUGUAUAAUUUUCUAAAAUGUUAUAUGUAAUUUAUAAUACUUCUCUUUAUGUCUAAGAAUACCUCAUGACAUUGCUUUGAUAUUUCUAAAC